UCCGUAAGGCAAUGGAUUCUUGUUGCAUCACAAGUUCAUUUCAUAGUUUGUCAGAAGUGAACGAGAGGCUUCUAAGUAAUCCUAAACUGAAGUCCAGAAUGGGAAACCGAAAAAUCUCCGGAAGGAAACAAAAUCAGUUCGCUGUUGUUGCUGGGAUAACUACAUGGAGUCACCGCACAAGCUUUACCCUUCGGUUGAUGUCAGGGGCGAUCCCGCCUCUCAUUAGGUUCAAGCAAUGGGGAAGGGAAAAGGAAAGGGGUGGAAUACAGACUUCAGUGUUCCCGGAAGAAAGUGGCGGUGUGCACAUGCGCCGUUGAGAAACAUGGCGGAAUUGGAAAUCGGGCAGCAUUGCGGGGUUGAAGAGUGUAAACAGCUCGAUUUUCUCCCUUUUGUAUGUGAUGGCUGCUCAGGAGUCUUCUGCCUUCAACACAGAAGUCUGACUGCUCAUGGUUGUUCUGAGGCAAAUCUAAAAAACAAAAAUAUGAAACUGGAUUAUCACAAAUCAUUUCCAUGCAUGUAUAAAGGUUGUGAUGGAAGAGAACUUGUACCCGUCUUAUGCGCUUACUGUGAAAAACAAUUUUGUUUAAGGCACCGUCAUCAGUCAGACCAUGAGUGUGAGAAAUUGGAAAUCCCUCAAGCUCGUAUGACUGGCACUCGGCAACUGAUUAAAGAUAUUGUAGAUUCUAAAAAAGAAGUGACUGCAAUUAAAAAAUGCAGAGGAGCCAAGAACCCUGAAACAGCUGCGAAAGUGGCCCUGAUGAAACUAAAAAUGCAUGCAUGUGGAGAGAAGUCUGUUCCGCAGACAGACAGAAUAUAUUUCCAAGUAUUUUUACCCAAAGGAAGCAAAAAUAAAAGUAUACCCAUGUACAUUUGCAGCAAAUGGAGCAUUGGAAAAGCAAUAGAUUCUGCAGCCUGCUUAGCAAGCCUUAAAAAUGACAACAACAAAACCACAGCCAAGAAAUUAAGACUUUGCCACACAGAAUCUGGAGAAGCCCUGCCUUUGGAUCAAACAGUAGAAUCGUGGAUAAACUCUAAAGAAUCGCCGCUGUAUAAUGGUGGGAAUGUAAUCCUAGAAUAUCUUGAUAAUGACACUGAAUGUUUAGCAGAUCCAGAUUCUUAUCUAUAGUAAUUAUGGAAAAUAUUGCUUUUGUAUUUAUUGUAUCAGAUUUAACUUUUUGUUUUGCUAGCUCUAUGGUACAAGAGUGAUUUUUCCUAAGAAAUGAAAAUUCACUUUAAAAAGAAAUCUGUAUUUAGUCUGUUGUUUUCUGAAGUGGGCAAAUACAUUUGUCAUACAUGUCAUCUCCUGUAUCGAAAAAUAGAGUUCAGACUGACAGCUACUAAACUGAAAAGUCAACCUGUGGUGCUUAAUCUGUGCUGCUGCAUUCCUACAUGUAGGUUAUUAUCAAUUUAGUAUUUAAGUACAGCAGAUGAUUGUGUUAUUUGCCUGCUGUUUUCUGAACCAGAUAAAAUAAAUGAAGU